UCUGCGCUUUCGCAGAUUUGUUAGGCUAGCUUUGUAAGAAUGGUUACUCCCUUAUUUAGACGUGUUCCCGUCAUUUUUGGUUAAAAGUAACAGUCUUUGGGGGGCUUUAAUGUCAGGUGCAGCUAAUUUAAAGACCUUUAGUAAAGCGGGAACCAGCUGGCACUUUAGCCGGACGAUGGACGAGCUGGUCCAUGACCUGGUGUCGGCGCUGGAGGAGAGCUCGGAGCAGGCGGCGCGGGGGGGUUUUGGGGAUGGGGGGGACCACGCGCUGGCUGUGGGCUGCCUGCUGAAGAGACAGGCCCGGAAACGCCGUGGGAGGAAGAGACGCUCUGACAAUCCCCACCCGCCCUGGGAGACUGGCCACCUCAGUGAGGGCUCCGAGUCCAGCCUGGACGAACACAAGGACUACCGUGCCACCACAGGCAGCGUUGCCAGCAGUAACAGCCACGCCCGUGACAACAGCGACUCUGACGAGCAGCUGGGGCCCAAGCGCCGUACCCCCCUGAACCCUGACACAGGACGUGGCAAGCGUCCCCUCUGGCAGGAGGACCUUGGAGGAGUGGGGAGCGCGGAGGGGUCCCGCAGUUUGAGACGCCGCCGCAAGGUCAAACUCAUGGCCGUCGAUCCCCCUCUGGAGGCAGUGACCUCCAAUAGCACCACCCCCAUGCUAGGUCCCCCGCCUGUCCCCAAGCCCCACGGAGGGUGCAGGAUCCCUGGGGUGAGCGCGGCUGAGGGCAGGGCGGGGAUGGAGCUCACUGGUGGCGGAGUUGGAGGGAAGUGCAGGGUGAAGAAGAGGAAACUGGCAGCCCACAGGCUCGGGUUGGAGGCGACUGAUGAGGGGGUAGUGGUGGAGCGUGGGGACGCCAUUAUGCGGCAGGCGGGGCCCAAGGACAAGAUGGAGUUUGAGGAGCAGAAGGGCUCGGACGAGGACAUGAGUGACAGGUGUGAGACCAGCAGUGUGAGCAACAGUAGUGAUGGUGGACUGUACACCAAUGAUGAGGGGAGGCAAGGUGAUGAUGAGCAGAGUGACUGGUUCUAUGAGGGGGAGCCGGGGGGGGCGUGUGGGGUGGCGGGGGUGAUUCCCUGGUGGGAGAGAGAGGCAGGGGAGGAACUGGACCUGGCUGACCCGGUCUUCAACAGCAUCCUCACCGGAUCCUUCCCCAUCAUGAGCCCCGGGGCACAGAGAGGGUUCCAGGCCAGGCUGAGCCGGCUUCAUGGGGGGCCCCAGGGCCAGGCUUCUCAAGGCAGCCCAGGACAAACCUUCAACGAGCGGCUGGGACGACACCACCAGGACCCCCACUCACACGACCCGUGGUUUAGUCCGGGAUCUAGAAGAGAACAUGGACAGAUGCACUGGGACUCACGGUCAGACAGAGGCCAUCGGAGGAGCUGCUCAGUAAAGACGGCCAGCAGGCAGACGAGUGGUCACCUGGGGUCUCUGUGUACGGGGGACGUCAAGAGGAGACGUAAAGCAGCACCCCUUGGCUUACCUCCGCCCACAGGGUUGGUAGGUGAGAGUGCAGGGCCCAUCCCAGAGACCAACAUGGGCAACCGGAUGCUGCAGAGUAUGGGCUGGAGCCCCGGCAUGGGCCUGGGUCCGGAGGGCAGGGGCAUCACCGAGCCCGUUCGGGCCACACAGAGACCCAAGGGAGCGGGUCUGGGUUUUAACUGAGCCUCAGGCUUUAGGCCCCAACUGAACAGGCCAGUAGGCCUCGAUGGAGAUGGACCCUACUGAGAGCAGGGAGGACUGUGGGAAACUCUCUCUGGGAAAGAAACUCUGAUGGAGCAGCAGAGCUGGAUGAAGGAACGGAUGCAAGUCAGCAAGAACAGUUUUAACUAAUAGGAAGACCGAAAGGAAAAUGCACUUCCACUCUAACCAGGGCCUAAACUCAUAAGGGAAGUUUUGGCCCUGGUUAGGGGAAGUGCAUGGAGCGUUGGGGUUCCCACCUCACAUUUGUAGUUGGGAUGUCCAACGUUUCUACCAGGGAAAAGAGAAGGAAUGGAAAUAAAGACCCAGGCAUUGUAGUUGAGUUUGAUUGUAUGAGACUAGCCAGGUUGUGUAGUUGGACUGUGUGUACUGCACAGCACACUAAAAGGCUCAGUUUCACAAGAAUAUAAUUUCUCUUCAAUCAAUGGUUGUUCUGAUAUUGCACAGUAUGACAAAUAUAUUUUAGGUGAAUAUCAUUGUAUGCAUCAAAAUAAUGUGUGUGGUGGAAGUUUAUUUGUUUUUAAAUAUGUUUUGCGACACUACAUUACAUUGGUGUUAUUGAAGGGUAAUUAUAAUGGAAUAACAUGCAGCUAGUUUUUACUGUGGCUUAGUACAAAAAGGUGAUGGCUGAAGUGUUAGCUAAGUACUGCAUUAGGUAAAGGUAAUUCCUCUGGUAUAACGCUAAUUUAAUGUAACUGGCAAAUGUUUUUUUAAAUGUCUUUAAAUUAUCCCAUGGUUACUUUUGGGAUAUUGGGCAGUUAUGUUUGAUUGUAGAUGACGGUUAUUGGUAUAAAAAGAAAUUCAGACGCCAAUUUUCUCCUCUGCUCCUGACUGCAUGUGCUCCCAUAGAAACAGAAUGAAUUGGAUGGGCGUCCCCAUUCAAGUCAAUGAUGGGUUGACUGGCUGGCAUUGCAAGUGUACCCAUAGGAGCAAAGUAGGAAGUGUACCCAUCAAUUUCUGGUGCGAUUUGUUUUGAUUCAACUCAACUGAUUACAAAAAAAUACAUUCCAUUGCGUUAGCCACAUCAGUUAACAUAAAUUCAAUGAAUGUUCUACAUCACAAUUGAAAUGAUUGAAUUCAGUACCAGGCAGCCACCGCAAGUCAAAUUGCCAGGGUUAGUGGUUCUAAGAACAUUCUAUUCAUCCUAUUUCUAUGUGUUCUGCUGCAGGGAGGGGGCGUUACCUAGGCUACCCCCGGGUGCACGUUUUGGUUUUGCCCUAGCACUACACAGCUGUUUCAAACAACCAACUCAUCAUUAUGACUUUUUUUUUCUUUUUUCGGUUAUGACUUUUAUUUUGUUUUCAUGAUGGUGUUCAUCCAUAACCAUCCAUAUGGUAAUUGUCCUGGCCGUAAAGAUGGUAUUCCUGAUGGAAGUGGGAAUAAUUCAGGAAAUGAAUCUUGAAUUCAAAUCAUUGUAUGUAUGGUAUUGAAGUAGAAUGUUCACCCCUUAACACUCCAGAAUACUGUUUAUUUUAUUAAAAAGGCAGCGCAGUUAA